UGACCACUAAUGUUCCUUUUUGUUUCUUGAGAUGAUAAUCACAAUUAAGUAGUUUGUUGUAAAGAAUUCUGGACUAAAAGUCAGGAGAGGGGGACAGCUGGGUGGCUCAGUGGAUUGAGAACCAGGCCUACAGAUGGGAGGUCCUGGGUUCAAAUUUGACCUCAGACACUUCCUAGCUGGGUGACGAUGGGCAAGUCACUUAACCCCCGUUGCCUAGCACUUGCCAAUCUUCUGCCUUAGUACCAAUACCCAGUAUUGAUUCUAAGACGAAAGGUAAGAGUUUUUUUUUAAAAAUAAAAAUAAAAUGGAAGGUAAGGGCUUUUAGUUAAUAAAUAAACAGAUAAAUAAAUGAAAGGAGACCUCUGUGUGGUCCCAGCUCUGCUGUUAACUCAUAGCAAACAAGUGUCUUUCCCUCCCUGGGUCUCAGUCUCCUCAUUUGUAAAAGGAAGGAAUCCAACUAGGUGAUUUCCAAAGUCUCAAAUAGCUCUAACAGACUUAUUUAAGUCUGGGCUCUUGUCCUUUUCUGUGUAGCGCACACACCUUCCUCGAGAUUCCCUUAGCUGCCUUUUCUCCAUGCCUCCCGACCCCGGACCUUGCAUCCCCAAACCAAGAUUCUGUAGGUAGUUAAAAUGAAGACUUGCCUGGAAUGUGGUAGAAGUGGUAAUGGUGAUUCCUUCAAUGAAAUUCUAAUUAUCAGGGUACUGAAAGGAACCUUGGAUCAGAAUCUAGAAGUGGCUUCAGUUCCAGCUCAGCCACACUGAAUAUCUGAUCCCAUGGCCUCUGUGCCCCACCACCCUCUUCCUGUCCCAUCCUCCCACCCUUCCCAGUAAUAAUCUCCACAAUCCUCUUAGUCCUUAAGAUCCUUAAUGCUUCCGCUGCCCGCCCUUGGGGGUUACUCCAGCACUGCCAGCCUCUUGGGCACCAUGCCCCACAUCCUGGCAGGCAGACAGUGGCCUCCCCCUAUUAGCUCCCCUUGCUGAAGGACCAGGAUGGUGGGGGGCUUGGGUCCCCGGCACCUGCUGGAAGAAGAAGGCCAGGACCACACAAGAGAGCCACCCCUGUUUGAGGACUACCGCCCACCUGCCCUAGAUGCUGUGCGCCUGCCCAAGUAUGUCCUGUAUCUGCUGCUUGCUGCCCUCAUUGUCGUAGCUGUGGCCUAUGCCAUCGUUGGGCACCUCAUCAAAGACCUCAUGCAUGACCUGGCUGAUUGGGCCUUUGGGCCGAAGCCAGACCAGCCAGAGUCUCCAAGGGAGCUGCCCAAGGACCUAGAAGGCGAAGACUUAGAGGAGCUAGACCUGGAGUUGGCCCUGACGUGGCGUGGGGAAGAACUAACUGUCUCAUUAGAGGAGGCCCCUGCUGAGGUCCUAGAGGACCGGAGGCCCCCCUGCUGGCCUCCCCGCCCUGCUUCUCGACACCCCUCCAUCAUCACCUUCCAAGAGCCAGUGUCCCACUGAAGACUAGAAUAGAGAGAGUGAAGAAUAGAGGGCCUUUCUGAUUCCCUGGGACUCAGUAAGGGCCUGAGGUUGGCAAGCAGCAAAGGCUGCCAGGAAGGCCCUGGCUCAGUUACCACGGAAUGGAAGGUAGAAAGAGGAGAAAAUCUCACUAAACUGGGUUGUUGUGAGACCUCUCAUUCCAUUUCUACUAAGUAGUCUGCAGACCGAAUUGUGGAAAAUGAAUUCCGUUUCACCACUGGCCUGACAAAAAUCAUAAAAUCUCAGCUGGAAAGAACAUCAGAGAUCAUCUAAUCCAACCUACCCAAACCAGGAAACCCCUCAGUAGCAGUGUUAUCCAAUCCACACUGCUGCAAAGCAGUCAAAUCUCUGAACUCUCCAUAGCAGGUGGCUCUGCCCUCUGCAACUUGAAUGGUGAUUAUGGGGCUUUGCCCAGAGAGUAGGGAGCCAGCAAGAACCAGCAGGGCACACAGAGAAAAGGGAAGGGAGGGUUGAUAUUUUAAGUAGCAAAAAAUUGUGACAGGAAGGUACUGAUGACUAGAAGCCCUACAGCAUCUCCAAGGGAUCAUUCUGGCUCUCCAGGGAGAGGAAACUGUACUUUGCAUUGUUAUAGAGGCCUGAUUUUUUUCUUUUUAGUCCAGACUUGUGAUUUUAUCAGUAAGGGGCUCAUGUGGAAACUACUGAUGGCAAUUGGCAGCUCAUCUGUAAUUUAAGUCUUAGAGACUGGAGACACUAAGAUGAAAGGCGUAUGGUUCACCCAGUAAAUAUGUAUCAGAAUUAGAUCUUGACCUCAGGCUUUCCCUAGAGGAAGCUGUGCUUGAUCCACCACACCAGUGUCUCCCACAGCUCUGAUUAUUAAGAAGUUUGUCCUCAUGUUGAGCUGAAAUUCUCCUUGUAACUUCUCCCUAGUUGACCUGAGUUCUCGGGGUCCAAGGAGAGUAAAUCAAACCCUCUUUUGGGUGACAAUCCUUAGAGGUCGGAUGACUUAUAAAUCCCUAUAGUGUCCAGAUGGGAGGUAUAGCGACAGCCCACGGGAGUACUAUAACAUCUAUCUGUGGGAAUAACCUGAGGUGGAAAGAGGGGGCUAAGGAAAUGGGAGAAUAAUAAUGGCUCAAAGACAGAAGUAGAAACACAUGGGGAGUAACGCGAACUCUGAGGAAAGAGAUACAGAGAAGCAAGAGCGGUAAGAGAGAGGCAGCGAAGGCCCAAGGGCCUAGUCAGAGAGAGCUGGUAAGAGAGCAAGAGAGGAGUCAGUAAGGGUAAGAGAGGGGUUUGAGAGAGGCAGUGAAGGCCGAAGGGAGGAGUCCGCGCUUGUCCCCUGGUUUUUAUUGAGGGUACGUAUCAUGACGUGGGUUUUUACAUUGGUCCAAUUGACAAUGACAAGAUCAUAGAGGUGGAGUUUAAUCCAUCCCGCGCUUUUGUAAAUGAAGUCCGAGCCUGCAACGCCCUGAUUCAAACCGCAGAGGCAGCGUGGCUGUCUCCACGCCCAACCCAAGAAUUUGCUCCUCCCUUGCUAGUGCCUAGGACGGUCCCUUUAACAUCAAGAGUUCUGACCAUGAGUCUGGUAGUACAAUAUUAAUACAACAAUCACGCAUCCCAAAUGCUAAUAUGCCUGGUAUGUUACAAUCCCAAAUUAGAAAACACUGUCAAGGUGGAAAGUCCUAUCUCCUGAGUCUGAAUGGUCCUUCAGAUCUCAAUUUCUCUGCUUCCUGUACUUCCCACCCAGCUCCAGCUUUCAUCCAGCGGUGGUGAUCUAACAACAGAAGCCUCUGCUUUCAAUGACUUGACAGUUUGGAAAUCAUUGUAUUUGGAGAGGGGUAGAGUGGAAGGGAGUUAUAGGACAACUUUCAGCAUUCAGGAUCCUCUGGAUUGGGAAUGAAGGGACCUGUAUUCAGAUCCUCACUCUGAUAUUUGCUACUUGGGCAAAUUGCUGCCUCAGUUUCCCCUUAUGCAAAAUGGAAUUGGACUCAUUGAUUUCUCAGGUUCCAUUUAGCUCCUGUCUUUUGCAUCUGCGCUCUUCCUGGGCUCCUACUGUGCUCUCCUAGCUCUCAGUUGUUCUGUACUCUGUACUGUUCUCUUAUCCUUUUGGAAGUGUGAUUCUCAUCUCCCGUGCCAGGCCAAGAGCUCCCUGAGGACAGUGGCUCCUCUUGCCUCUCCUGUGGUAUAACUGGGCACAAGACUGGGCCCAUUGCACAGCUUAAGUCAGGACUCACUACGCACAUAGUUAGGCCCCUGGGCUGGUAGUCUGAGAACCUAGCUACUAGUCCCAUCUCUGCUACUGACUCACUGUGGAAUCUUUGGGAAAUCCCUUAUCCUCUCUGAUCCUCAGUUUUCCUUUUCUGUCAAAUGAGAAUAACUGCUGUGCUGCCAACCUGCUAGGACUCUUGAGAGGCAUCAUAGUGUGAAAGUGCAUUGAUUGGACUUGGCAUGAGAAGACACAGCAUCCUGGCUGUGACACCAUGCAAAUGAGGCAAAUGAGCCUCUCAGCAUCAGUUUCUAUAAAAUUGGGACAAUGAUGCUUGAACUAUCUACCUCAAUGGGUGGUUGUGGGAAAAAAGAAUGCAUUUCAAUAGAAAUAUGAAUUAUUAGAUGAGCUAAUGGGUGGAAAGUACUUUGGGAAACAAAACAGUCCAGCUAUGGGCUUGUGUUGUUUUCUCUCCGUCCUCCAGGGAACCUCUGGACCGAUUCCCUUUUUAUUUCUCCAUAUUCCCCCCCACACACACACCCUUAUACUUCAUUGGGUCUCUCCUUUGGAAAGGAGGAAAGAAGUUGACUGCUUACUACCUUGACCUUCAGAUCACGUGCCAGGGCUAUGGCUUCUCCCAUGGAAGCUGGGAUAGAGUUCACCUUCACCCAGGGAAGGGCCCAGGCUAAUGGAUGACUCAUAGAUCAUAGGAUUUCGAACUGAAAGACUUUGAAAUUACCUAGUCCAAGUCCCCCUUCCAGAGGGCAAAAAUGAGAUUAAGGGAGAGUGCUUGGUUUGCCCUGUGUCGGCCAGCCAAUAAUUAACAAAGCCUGAAUUUAAAGCUCAGAUUUGUUCUGCCACUGAUUUGCUUGUUCUGGGCAAAUCAGUUUCCCUCCCUAAACUUCAGUUUCCUCAGCCUAUCCAGUGCUCUUUCCAGGCCACUAUGUUGGCUCAUCCCUACUCCUACCUUCCCUGGGGCAGCAUGGUUCCGGGUUGAUCCUUCAAUAGGUACCAUUUACGAGACUCAAGAUUGAAUUCCCCACUGCUCCAGUGGAUUCUGCCCCUUCCUUCAGUGGGAUUGUGCUCUUUGGAGCAAGGGCACAUUUAACUUCUUUCCCUGACAUUCAGCUCACCCAUCAGAACCCCUUUGUGGAGGCACAGCCUCCUAUAUACACGGGUGCUGAUGUUCCCUGCUUAUUGACAUUUAUGUUGCCUUCUGUGAUAGUUGUAGAGGGGACCCUGAGCUCUGCCUGAGCUGGGAAAAUGGAUGUGAGGGGCCCCAUCCAUUGGCAUUAGAGAGCUGGUCCAAAGAAGGGUCCGAGAGCUUCCCAAGCUCAUCAGAUGAGUGGCCUAAGCCCAUGAAAUGUUUACAUACAGAGGAUCCCCAAGUCUAAGGAUGGGGAGGGGAAAUCUCUUUUUGAGGACUAGGAGUCUCUAAGGGAACCCAAGAAGUUAGUGACUUGCCUGUUCUGAGAAGGUAUCCUGAAGCUUUGUUGACCUGGAUUGCCGGCCCGGAUUCUUUCUUGCCCUUUAGUGAAGUCAUGCCCUCUGGGAGGACCUCAGCCACUUGUCCUUAGCAUUGAGUAGGGAUAUUGGAUUUUCACUUCCUCAGAAUGGGGCUGAGUUAAUUGUUACCUAAGUCCAGAGUCUACUCCCCCACUUCCCUGGCCCCCCUCCUGUUAACCCUUUGUAUGUGGAGAAUGAUACCCAAGAGCUAGAGCUCCCCGGCACAGUUUGGCAAGCCCUUCUAUUGUGGGAAAGACUGGCAGAAUAAUAGAGAAAGGGUCGACUGGGAAUGAAGAGCCUCAUUCUUUGGUCACCUUGAAGUCCAGGUAACUUGGUCCUCAAAGUUCCACAGAGGGUUAAAAGGGAAGAAAGGUGCAGUCCCUUGAGCAGCUGGCAGGUGUGAGUGAGGAGUGGGGCUUUCCGGGCUCUGUGAUCACUCCCCCAACAACACCCCACCCCCCCAACCUCUGCCCC